AUGCAGAUAGAUUACUUUUAUAUGUGUAGAGCCGGGUUUGAGCUCUUCCUAGUUCGCCUUUUGCUGAUCUGGUUCUCGAGACUGUACCAAUCCAAGUACAUACUCAAACAGUUUAUGUUUGUACUCAUAAAUAUAGCAAUAUAUGGAGCGUUCAACCGGGGAGAAAUAAAGCUGAAGCGGCUGUCGAUCAUCCCGCUGGUACAGUGUCUGUUGUUCCCGCUCUCGCUGGCCUCAAUAGACAACUUUAUGCUGCAGAACUUCAUUCCGCUGCUUCUUAUCGCUACCUUUCAGUGUUACUGGAUACGGCUGAACCUGAGAAAGUUUCUGUCGUACGUGUUCGUAAUGCUGACGCUUUUCACCUUACUGAGGCUUUUCUUCUCACUGCCAGGCUACGGGCACAUUUUCUCAAUCUAUGUUUUUUUCUCGCAGGUCAUCGUACUGAUGGUCUCGAUAGUGCUCCCGAAGUACAACUCGAUACUGGACUUCAGGAGAUUUCACGUUUUCACACGCAACGUGGUUUACUCCGACAACAUAAAUAAGCUGUUCAUAAAUAUUUUUUACCAUGCGGUUUUCUUUCUGCUGGGAUUGUUCGUCACACUAUAUCUCAUUUCUAUGUACCAAGGGGAGAGGUUCAGGCCCGUGAACGCGGUCGCGUGUCUGUUCAUGUUCAUACAUUUCGUCUACAAACUACUGCACUUUCUGUUUCUGGACAGGCACAACGGGGUGUCCAACUUCAACAUACUGCUGGCCUUUCUGCUGGAGUACAACACGGUGGUGCUCGUAUUUCUGUCGCUGGUCACGACUGCAGUGAUCUUCACGGUGAUCGGCCUAAAUGUAAAGUAUUCGACGGACCCGAGGUCUCGACAUACGACUCGCAAAUGGUUCCACCUGUUGAUUUUUCUCUACUGUUUGUACGCCUUCUACUUGAAACUGGAGGCGUUCCUUGCACUUGUCCUCGCACUCCUUAUUGUUUUUUUCGUCUUUAUGGAGCUGUUUCGAAUUAACAAGCUUUUGUUCAAGCCGAUAGAGCGGUUUCUGGGGGACCUCUACAAGUGCAUCGGUCACGAUUCUGAGGUCGACAAGUUCGAAAUAUCGACAAUUACGAUGUUGCUCGGCAUUUUGACGCCGAUCCUCUUCGAACUGAACAGUGAGGAGUUCGACUGGACGCGGGGAGGCUUAGGAGUGUUCACUACUGGAGUAGGGGACUCAAUGGCCUCGGUAGUGGGAGUUAAAUACAGAGGGAAUGACCAAAACGGGAAGAGCGUACAGGGGAUGAUUGCCUUUUUUCUAUCAUGUUUGAGCGUGAUGGUCGUGACCUCCAUGUUGCAGCACGGCUUCGUGGAUAACUUUCGAAAGAUCGUGUUCGUUUCGUUCUUCAGCUCAAUGUACGAGUACGUAAGCAGGGAGGAAGACAACGUCGCAGUGCCGCUUUUGGCGAUGCUGCUGUACAAAAUGUAA